GGCAACACCUAGUUAAUGUUGAGAAAGUGUAGGGACUCUUGUUUGUUUAUUUGUUUAUGUAUUGCUUUAAUUUUAAAAAAUGCUUAAUGCAAAAAUUGGAAAAGUGGGCAAAGUUCUGGUAUGUGGUAUGAAAAAUGUCGGGAAAACCGCACUUAUCGAACAAUUGGUUUAUGGGAAUGUUAACACCGAAACAGAGCUGCAUCCAACGAUCGAGGAUAUAUAUGUGGCGAGUGUCGAUACAGGACGUGGGGGCGCUCGGGAAACCUUGCGAAUCUACGAUACGGCCGGAUUACAGGGCGAACAAGCAGCUCAGUUGCCGCGUCACUAUUUGCAAUUUCCCGAUGCUUUUGUGUUAGUUUAUGAUCCAACAGAUCCACGUAGCUUGGAUAUGUUGGCGGACAUCAAGACCGACAUAGACAAGCACAAGGAAAAGAAAGAAGUGCCUGUGAUUGUGUUGGCCAAUGUCCGGGCUCGCAGCAAAAAGGAUACGCCUCCCACAACGCCCAUUCCGGUGGAGUCCAUAAUGGAUCGAGCGAACAAUUGGUGUCAACGUGAACGCAUUAAGCAUUACACUGUCAAUGUUAUGGAACGUCCGUCGCUAUACGAGCCCUUCACAAUGCUGUGUGCCCGUCUCCAUCCCCCGCAGACGAAGAGCACCUUCCCUCAGCUUCGCCAGGUGAUGCAGAAUCGUCAGAAAAGCGAGGUUUAACAAGUGCAAUCAGAUCUGAAAUAUGAAAAUCCUAACUAGUAUAGAAUAUGACUAAUGCAAAAAUGUUCAAGUAUUAA